AUGCGUAUUCUGCCAGAGAUACCACCAGAACGACCACAAAUCACUCUUACCAGAUCUGGCGGUCAAGGGGGUAAAGUUACUCUCAUUCGCGAGCCCCGUUUUCCCCCUACUGAGGAGAGCAAAGGCUUUGAUUCCGGGUGGAGAGAACUCUUGCGUUUACAGCGUCUACUCCUAAAUGCGCCUGAUCUACCAGAAGUCGAGCCCUUUGUAAUGUCCUCGUCACCGCCCAAUGUCGCCGAGAAAAGCCCUCCCAAAGUGCCUGCCAAUCACAAACAGCGUAAAGGUCAGCAGCAACAGCCGCACCAAUCACUCAUGAUGUUAGAUGAAGCUAUUGUUUGCGUUACCGCCUCCGCACAGCCUACCUCCAAUGGACACCAAUGA